AUGGCACCAAGCUUUGACAUGCUGAGUUCGUUGCCAGAUUCUUUGCUUUCAAGCAUCGUUUCCUACCUUCCAUUCAAGGAAGCGGUAAGAACAUCUGUCCUUUCCAAAAGCUGGGAAAACAUUUUCAAGGCAACAAAAAACAUAGAGUUCAAUGAACUCUUUUUUGUUAGAUUUGAUCAACCUGCUGAUGAUGAAACUAGAGAAGCCCAAAGAAGGGCUUUUCUGGAUUUUGCAACAUCUUGGAUUGAUAACCAUGGACAAAAUGUCUUGGACAAGUUCUCUUUGAGGUUAUCAAUGCCUAAUAGAAAUGCUGUUGGGGUCAUAGAAAGAUGCAUUGCUUUUGCUACACAGCAUGGGGUGAAGGAGUUGGAGCUUGACUUUUCUGAUCCAGAUUGGAACGAGAAUAUUAUUUAUUAUGAUGAUCAUGAGGCCUUGUUUGAAUUGCCUAGGCAUGUUUAUGACCACAGUUGCCUUGAAUAUUUGAAGUUGUUUUCUUGUAGUUUUGUUGCAACUGAUACGGUUAACUUUCAUGCACUCAAAGAAGUUUCUUUGGGUUGGAUGGAAGUGAGACUCACUGCUAUUCAGGCUUUGUUAUCCAAUUGUAAAAUGCUUGAGAUUUUGAGUCUGAAAAAGUGCUGGAAUUUUGAUGCCUUUGAAAUCGGGGGAGAAAUCCUGAGCCUAAGAAAGCUGGUGGUGGAAAAGUGCCGUUUUCAAUUUGAUAUUUUCAAAGUGCAUGCACCAAAUCUAAAGUAUUUCAAGUACUCCGGGUUGAUGAAUUUUUUUGUCCUGGAACUACGUUCAAUGGUAAUGGAAGAGGCAGAUCUUGAUUUCUCCCUUGAAUUUGGAUUCGAAGGACAUGGUUCUUUCCUUUACCACCUCUUGGAAGAUCUCCACAAUGUUAGUGUUUUGACUGUCUGUAGUUACUUGCUUCUGGUUAUUCCUACUCCAAUGGAACCGAUGCGUACUCACCGUGACAUGAAUGUAACGCAUUUGACAAUGAAGACGGCUUUGCACGAGAAUGAGUUUUGUGGAAUCACAUUCAUGCUUAACAGCUGCCCGAUAUUAGAGCGUCUCACCAUUGAAUUAGGUUUUGCAAAACACUUGUUUGGUUACGAACCAGUAUUCCAAUAUGAUCCCAAGAGAUUCUGGAUAGACGAUGUAUAUAUUUACAGAUGCGUGAGACAUACACUCAAGGAGGUGGAGAUUAAAGGGUUUACAGGAACUGCGAAUGAGCUUCUUGUGCUGAGCUAUUUUAUCGUUUGUGGGAGUGUGCUGAAAAAGAUUACUAUCAAUAUAGUGAAGGAUGAUGAUGAUGCUACAGCUGCCUACACCCGUGAAGUUGCAGAAAUCCUCCUCACCUUUCCAAAAGCUUCACCUGAUUUGGAGAUUUCAAUCUCUUAA